UGUGAUUCAUUAACACGCCGCGGACCCUAUAAAGGGUGUGUGGUACACGGAUUAUAGGACAUAAAGCACUCAUACCUCAAACAGACGAAAUGAAGGUGUUAAUGACUCUGAUGUUUGCUGUCUACCAAGUCUGGGCACAGUCGACAAACCCACCAACUCCAGUCUCACAAGACGUCCAAGAUGAGCAGAAUGUUGUUCCUGAUAUGUUUGAAGGUGACAUAAUUCUGACUCAAUCGCAAUUCGACGAGUUACAGCAAUUGAUAAUCACGGACGACGAUAGUGUGGCACGCAAAGCAACUUCAAAUCUGGCACGACGUUGGCCUUUCAAGAUCAUCCCCUAUGAAAUAACAUCAUCCUCAGAAAACAACCGUGAUGUUAUAAUGCAGGCCAUCCACGACUGGGAGAGCAAUACGUGCCUCGUUUUCAAGCCAAAAAGUGCCAGCGUAGCAGCCGAAGUCCUACACGAUUCUUAUUUAUCUAUAUUCUCUGGAUCUGGAUGUUGGUCAUACAUUGGUAAAAUAGGAAAUGGAGCUCAGCAAGUCUCGAUUGGAACCGGGUGUAAUCAUAAAGGCACAAUUAUUCAUGAACUGGGGCACGCGAUUGGUUUCUUCCACGAGCAAUCUCGACCUGAUCGUGAUAAUUAUAUCCGAGUUCUGACAGAAAACAUUCUGGCGGGAACAGAAGGAAAUUUCCGCAAGUACGAUUGGUCAUCCAUCUCAACAGAGUCUGUUCCGUACGAUUUGGGGUCAAUUAUGCACUACGGUACUUAUUCCUUUUCUAAAAACUCAAAAGCAACGAUCGUAGCCCUUAACCCGCUUUACCAGACACUUCUGGGGAACCGAUUUGAGCUAACAUUUGCGGACAUCAAGUUGGCAAAUAUAAUCUAUGGUUGCAACGUGGGAUGCAACGAAUUGAACUGUCGAAACGGCGGCUACGUGGGCCCUGAAUGUACGUGUGUCUGUGCACCGGGAUUCAAGGGAGAAUUUUGUCAAGAAGAAGAACCAGUUGACAGGGGUUGUGUGUACGAAUUAACCGACGCGGCAGGUGUGAUCACGUCACCAAAUCAUCCAGAAAGUUACAACAAUAACGAAGAAUGUUUGUACCUAAUAAAGGGAGGCGAAGGGUCAACAAUCACACUACGAUUCUUGGCGUUUGAACUUGAGGAUAGCACCGGUUGCCGAUAUGAUUUCCUUGAAGUUCGAUUUGAUGAUCUCUACACUGAAAACACCAAGUAUUGUGGCACAACUGUUCCUAAUGAAAUUACAUCAGUGUCGAAUAUGAUGUUUGUACGAUUCUAUUCCGACAUCAGUGUCUCCCAAUCUGGAUUCAAGGCAUCUUGGGUUAUAAAUGGAAGCCCUCUAACAACAGAAUCUAUGAUUGAUAAAACAAGUACCGUAUCCAUGACGUCGACCAGAUCUCCUACGUCACCAGAUAAACUGACCACAUUGUCACUGACAUCAAGGACAACAACUGUAAGUUCUACAACAUCGGGUGAACCCACCACUCUGUCACAGACAUCAAGGACAUCAGAUGAGCCAACGACGCUGCCAAUGACAUCCGUACGACAGAUGAAUACAGAUGACGGUCAAUCUGGCUGUGCAGGAUUUGGGUUGUGGACUGAGUGGAGCCAAUGCUCAAUUACUUGUGGCGAGGGAGGAAUAAUGGAACGGUCAAGAAUUUGCUCUGACGGGCCUGGAUGUCUGGAUACCCAAUCAAUCAUGUGUUCCCUGGAGCCUUGUCCAGCAUACGGAGAAUGGACUGAGUGGUCAUCUUGUGUUCGUAUUUGUGACAACGGCCCAAAUAAGCGUGUGCGACUUCGUUCAUGUGGAGGAGAUUUAGUGGAUUGCAUGGGCGAUACUGUCGAGUUUGAUGAGUCGUGCCCACCACCUUCUUAGAGCGACAUUUUUGACUUAGGCCUAUUUGUUUUACUUGAUAUAAGAGACUCUUGAAGCUUGCUUAUGAGCCUCUCGUGCAUGGGCAUUUUGUCACCGUUCUCUUUUUAUCUCGUCAAUAACCUUUAAAAAUGUAAAUUUGUUUGUAUACUUCGCCGUCGGAGUUUAUAUGCAGAUAAUAAUUAGGCCUAAUUUUAUUAUUUUAAUCUUAUGUGUAAACAUAGAUUAUAUUUGUGGAUAAUAAUAUUUUUAUAAUGCUGCCAAUUUUUGUCUUAUAUGAUAGGCCUAAAAAUAAACAUCAUAAUUGAAUCUUAUAAUGUGGCAAUUACGGUACGAUCCAGACUGUGAUAUUUUGUUGUUGCAGCUAAAGUUUAUUAAGUCUAUUCAAUUGAAAUUAUUAAGUAGAGCAUUCAGAUUGCAGAUCAUGUAAUAUGCAAACCUUUAAUAUUUUUACCAAUAUUCUGUUUCAUAAUAUGAUAAAAAUAAAAUUACAUGAGCUAUUUUCAA